AUGCUUGAGUGGCUAUGGGUUACCCCAGCCCGCUCCGUCUGCAUCCUUUUCUUGCUCAACUCAACUACCAUCUCACUCUCCAAUCCAAUCUUCCAUUCAUCAACAAGAACCACACAAGCCGUCACAAUGCAACUCCAGACUAUCACCCUCACCCUCCUUACGACACUCAUUGCCUCCGUCCAAGGAACCGUCACCCUCGGGUCUAGCUGCAGUGGCAGCGGAUACGACUGCACCUCCGACUUUGAUAACAUCGCCGUGUGUAACGGCGCGCAGUGGGUGCUUGCGGCGAAAUGUGGAACUGCUUGCUGUAUUUGGCCCGCCGGAGAUCAGGCCCCGUCGUGUAGAUGCUAG